GAGAGUAGAAAAAAUGGGUUCCUCCAUAUUAUUGGUUUUGUUUACUCUCAUGGUUAUGCUGUCCAUUUCUUAUGAACCACUCAAAUGGAUGGGCAUAAACGCGAGCCAUGUACCGGAAACUUGCUACCAUCAUUGUAACCAGACGUUCGAGAGUAGUCGCCAAUGCUUUAAAUGGUGUCAAGAAUUAGCUCGUAAAGAUGAGUACAAGAUUUAUGGGUACCCUUACUCAACCAACACAAGGCGUGUCCUCGCCGUUCUUCAUGAGAAAGGUCUCUCUUACGAUCCCAUCACCGUCAACUUGAUAGCCGGUGACCAGAAGAAGCCGAGUUUUCUCGCUAUCAAUCCAUUUGGUCAAGUCCCAGUUUUCCUAGACGGGGGUCUUAAGUUGACUGAAUCUCGAGCUAUAUCUGAAUACAUAGCGACUGUCCAUAAAUCAAGAGGCACACAACUUCUGAAUUACAAAAGCUACAAAACAAUGGGAACACAAAGAAUGUGGAUGGCUAUCGAAUCUUUUGAGUUUGAUCCACUCACAUCAACACUGACCUGGGAACAAUCCAUCAAGCCUAUGUACGGUCUAAAGACGGACUAUAAGGUUGUGAAUGAAACCGAGGCGAAGCUAGAGAAGGUUCUAGAUAUAUACGAAGAACGACUCAAAAAUUCUAGCUUCUUGGCUAGUAACAGCUUCACAAUGGCUGAUCUUUAUCACCUUCCUAAUAUACAAUACCUUAUGGACACACAUACAAAGAGAAUGUUUGUAAACCGGCCAAGCGUGCGCCGGUGGGUGGCUGAGAUCACAGCUAGACCGGCUUGGAAGAGGGCAUGUGAUGUGAAGGCUUGGUACCAUAAGAAGAAGAAUUAAUCUUAUAAUCUUGUGAUGUACUUUCGGUGAUUUCUUUAAGUUUGAUGUUAUGAAUAAAAGGCAAAGCUUUUGCAAAAAUCACUCUUUUUUUUGCCAUAAUGAUUUCAAAAUUCCAA